AUGCGGAAGUGGUGGAAAAAAGGUCCAAAGCAGGAGACAUUCCGCGAACGGCCGUGUCUGGUGUCACUACAGGAUCGGUAUGUUCUGGUGAUUGGUGACCAUAGUGAAUGGUGUGACUGUCUGCAGUCCGUGGAAUACUGUGAGCCAGGUCAUGCGGUCGUCAAUGACAAUGACGCCUUCUUUCGCGUUCCAGCCGCUGCUGGUUCCACUUGGACCCAUCCAGCUCCAGCCCUGCCUGAGAAACUUGUGCAAUGCCGGGCUGCCGAGUUGGACGGUCGCGUCUUCGUGGUGGGCAUUGCAGCCAGCGAAUGUACAAGGGUUGCCGUCUUCUGUCCACAGAUGGGUGUUGGAGAUGAAGAGCCAGUGCGACUUGGAGGGCAGUGGUUUCUACUGUCACCAGAGUCAACACCAUCCUCACCUUCCUCGAACCUCGUGAGCCACGCUGGUUGUCUCUAUCUCCUCGGUACGCGCCUACUGUACUCCCACUCGUCCUUCCUAUUCUUUUUACAAACCUUGAGAUUGGGUAUGACUGGCUGA